GUUUUAUACCGUUUCUAUCGGUCACUGUUGUCCCCGAUUACUGGUGGCCACGACAACGACAUAGGGACAGACAAUCAGGCAAACCGGUAGUUAAUAAUAAUAAUAAUAAUAGGUAUUUCCUAAUUAAUACCUACAAUAUGAUCGCUGACGGCAUUACCCGACCAACCAAUGUUAGACGGGCUUACACUUUGAUGGAUGACCACGUGGACAGUAGUGAUGAUCAUAUUGAACACAUAGUUAACCAGUCGUUAACCAGAUUUGUUCGGGCAAUAACCCGAAUACCUGAACUAUCGGUACUGCCGGGUACGGCCUGUAUACUGAUGGUCGACCAACAAGACAAUCAGAUAUAUGCCGUAACCAACGAGCACGUGGUGGGCGAAGCUGUCCACUGCGACCUAUAUUUACCGUACUAUCUCAAUCAUAUAUCGUUAGCGCGUGCACGGGUUAUGUAUCGUGAACCGUGGCUCGAUCUGGCAUUGUUGACCUUUCCCCUGGUUAGCAUACCGAACCUACCGUCCAUUCAACAGUUUCCCGAAACUAUUGAUCACUUAGAUUUUGGCGAUCCGGUAGUUUCGUUGGGCGUACCGGCCCGUAAUCAAGUUGACGACCAAUACGUAUGGAAUAUCGGUUUGGUUACCUGUCCGGACUGCUCGGGCGACAACUAUCUGGUCGUAACGUUUCAAAAUAAUUUCGACAAUACCAGUCGACUGACUGUCCAAUAUAAUGCCCAAGUGGUGCCCGGUAUGUCUGGCGGUCCGACUGUCAGCCUAGACAACGGUGAUCUGCUGGCCGUACACAGUAUGGGCUAUCUAUGGUCGCGUGUGUUCAACGGUGUGUCCGGUUAUGAUUUAAACGAUUUUUUGGACAGAGCCUGGACUAACUCGGCACAGUUACGUGAUGACCGGCUCCGGGAUCAUCUGAUGAUGUUGACUCUCGAUCUACGACUGAUGACCAGCAAUGAUGGACAGACCUAUUAUAUUGAAUAUCGUAAAUGUUUGCCUACUAUAGCUACUGAACAACUCGAGUCUAACAUCGGUUACAUAAUGGAUAUCAAUGGACUGGCAAUUGAAUCGUUGGAUCAGUUUAUGUGGUAUCUGUACGAUCAGUUGAUGUCAGCUGAUAAUGAUAACAAUGAUAGUGGCGGUGAUGUUGUCUCAGAUAGUGGUGGUGUUGUUGUUGUUGAUGUAACUGUUGCCUACAAUUCCCAAUUAACUGAUAGACAUAUUAUACAAUUAAAUAUCAUUGACAAUGAUUUACAAAAUUUACUGAUUAGUCAAUUGUGA